AUGGCGACGCAGCCCAUGCGGGAAGCUCAGGGACGCGUUGUAAAUAUUUGCAGCUCCCAAACGGAUUUUGCAGCCGUGCCCCCUGCUGUGCCCGAGUGCGCCUCGCUCCGAAAGGGAGCUCCUUUAAGUCCCGAUUCUUCGGAGCAGGGAAUUGUUAGAGAGCAAUCUAAAAUCCAAGAUAUCGGCCCCAAAGUCCAAAGAGAAAUGAGGUGUCCGGUGUGGAAGUGCAUCUCAGUCAACAGCCAGCUCCUUUGGCAGGGGCUGGAAAUGGUUUUAACAGGCGGGCAAAAGAUCCGUUUCAAGAAAAACAAUACAAAGACAAUCAGAGAGCUAAAGAUCCUCUUCAAAUCGCAUUUUACAAGUGCACCAGAACAAAUAUGGACGCUGAAACCUAUUCCCUUCAAACUCCCAAAUCGGCUUCUUAGCCUUCGGAGGGAGGGAAAAUCCGCUGCAGCCCGGCCGGGUCUGCUUCCAAUCACCGCCCCGAGGUGCGCCGGGCCCCGCGCCGCCCUCACCCGCUCCCCUCUCCCUUUCGGCACAGCGCUGCGGAGCGAUGGCACCACAACAGGGAGAUGUACGGUUGAAGAGCCGCUGGAGCGAGCCCGAGUUCCCGGGGAGAAGGAAGGCUGGCCCGUAGAGAGGCAGCCAGCAGGUAUUUCAGUGACCGUUCCUUUGAACGCGUUCAGUCUCUGCCUUUUCCAUCCGGAACGUCUUCCUCAGACCAACUGUGAUUUCUGCUGUAAUUCUUGUGCGUGUUUACGAUCGCUUCGGAGCAAAGCAGCCUAUCCUUCUCCGCGGCUUUUUCACGUCCGAAGAGUUUGCGGCGGGGUUUCCCGGCUCCCUGGGGAGGCUACGCGGGAUGAAGCGGGCAACGGAGAGCCGCGCCUCGGAGGGAGGCUUAGCGCAAGCGGACAAGCUCAGGGAGCCUCGGUGACAUCCAGAAGUCCCUUGAAUUUCACAUGUUUUUCCAAUCGCUCAACCCAAAAUAUAUGGUGUCUUCCUUUCCCACCCCCCUCCUUCUUUCUAGGAAUGUGCGUAAUAAAACCUAAUCGCCUGGGACUCUCCUCCUUUCUGCAUCUGCUGGACACGAAGCCGCGGGGGGACAAGGUCCUCCCGGCUCUGAAGCCGAGCUGCUAUGGGACACCAGGCGGCCUCGGCCACGCCUGCACGUGGGAGACCCCGAAUGAGCCUUUGAGCUACAUUAACUAUCCCGCUGCCGUCUGGGGCUCCCUCGCCAGCAGCAGCUCUCUUCGCCUCCUGCAGCCAUCUCCGAAGCGGAGGUCGGGACACUCACCUCAGAAGCGCAGCUCCUGUCCAAGACAAAGUGGUCCAUGGUUCUUUGGAAUGUUGUUAUUCCCUGAAAGGUUGAGCAGGAUGAGUCACAGCAACACCGAGAGAAUGGAGGAUCCAGUUCUUGCAGGACAGAAUGGUCCCAAAGGAUCCAUAAAGAGGAAGAAGAGGGACAGUGUGCAGGCUUAACAAUUUCUCAGACAGGUUUUUCAUGUCAGAAUAAAAUAAUCUGGAUGUCUGCAGUUGCAGUGAACUAGAUGGGAUAUUAUCCCUACCUUGGCAUUAAAGGGCAGAAACUCUCUUAAUUCCUAUAACUGAAAUGUCUAACCACCUUGCUGUGUUUACAUGCUUCCAUUCACCACAUUUUCCACCACUGAAGUUAGCCAAUAAAGUCAAAGAGUGAAACUCAUCUGGGCAGUAUCCCUACUGACUUUAAUGCUGAUAACUUAGGGAGGAAAUCGUGCUGCGAUGUGUGACUACAACUAAUGUCCAAAGGUCCAAACAUCCAAAACAAAGACAUUAGUGAUUGUAAACCUCACUCAUCAGAAGGGCUGCCAAUCAGCCCAUAGGUCUCACCCACAGAGGAAACAAAAGCUCAGAGAAAAUCUCCUCAAGCCAGCGAAUCUCUGCAGACAACGUUUUAAAAACUGAUAGCUUUCAAGUAUCCUCAGGCCCAAGUUCCAUUGUCUGAAAACUACAUGAAUGGAGAACACAGGGCUCUGCAUGCUGAAUUUGAAAAGUGCCACUGUCCCCGUGCAAGUGCUCAGUCUUCCUGCUCCUCCUGAUGGCACAUGUGGAUAAGCACCAGCCUUGAAGUAAGCCCUCAGCACAGGAAGCAUCAGUUCUUUAAUUCAUAUUUCAGGGAUUUGCAGCCAAGUUUUUCGUUUGUCAUAUUUAGAUAUUUCUCAUGUUAUAGUGGUACAUUCUUCUUCAAAGUGUUUUUCAAAAUCAGCAGACUUUUCAGGGAUGAAACAUGAUCAUUUACUAUAUUCCAUUUUAAAAGUACGUGCUAAUUAUCAAAUUAAUCUUAUAAUACUUCAUAUACAUUUAUAGACAAUCAAAAAUAUUGCCACUGAUAUGCAAAUAAAUAUCUCUAGCAGAAGGCUUUCUUUUGAUGUAGAGAAAUGCAAACAACAUUGAAAAAAAUAGCAUACAAGUGGUUGUCCUGGUCUCUUACCUUAAGGCUAUAUUACAAUCACAAUCAGACAUAUCUCGGCAUGUGUCACACCAGAUAAUGCUGUUUCUUGGGCGUUUGAGGCGUAUGACUUUACCUUGGACUUCACAAAAGCUUCACAAAAGAGACAUGCCAUUUAAAAACACGAGUCUGGCAUUACUGAAAACCCUCACAUACUGUACUCACGUAUAUCAUUGUUAACCUACAUGUGAGAUUUUUUAAAAAAUUGCCUCACAUUUAAUACUGAAGUCAUUUCACUUCUAUUAUUCAUGUGAAGAGCUAAAAAUAAGCAUCUGAAAUAUUUUUCUCUUUUAUGGAACAGCUGAUAAAAGCCUUCAUUUGAAGUAAACUCUUGGAUGAAUGCAGCGUUAUUUUCUAGGCUCAGAUCUCUUGUACCCAGUUGGGAACUUCACAUCAAAUCUGGGAAGUACAUUGAAUCUUCAGAGAAAAAGGGCUCUAUACCUCAAAAUAUUCAUCAGGAAUAGCUUAGGCAAACAGUUUCCAGCCUAAAACUCAUCCAUGACGUGUUCAUUUGGGCUUUUUGUUUUGUUAUUCUUGAUGUGUCACUGGUCACCUAUCACACUUGCUCUAUUUCCCAAUAGGUUGAAUGAAAUUAUUUUAAAAAGAGACUAAACAAAUAAUAAAAGUUCACAACACA